AUGAGGAGGAGUAGGAGGAGGAGUAGAGGGAGCAGUAGGAGCAGUAGCAGUAGCAGCAGUAGCAGUAGCAGUAGCAGCAGCAGCAGUAGUAGGAGGAGCAGCAGCAGCAGUAGUAGGAGCAGCAGCAGCAGUAGUAGGAGCAGCAGCAGUAGUAGCAGGAGCAGUAGCAGUAGUAGCAGCAGCCAGCAGCAUAGCAGCAGCAGCAGUAGCAGCAUAGCAGCAGCAGUAGGAGCAGUAGCAGCAGCAGCAGCAGCAGUAGUAGCAGCAGUAGCAGCAGCAUUAGUAGGAGCAGCAACAGCAGUAGUAGGAGCAGCAACAGUAGUAGCAGGAGUAGUAGCAGUAGUAGCAGCAGCCAGCAGCAUAGCAGCAGCAGCAGUAGCAGCAGCAGCAGUAGGAGCAGUAGCAGCAACAGUAGUAGCAGCAGCAGUAGCAGCAGCAGUAGCAGCAGCAGCAAGCAGUUAA